UUUCUUGGCUCUUCUAGUUAUUCUUUUUUUCCUUGCCUUUUUUAAUUAUUGUUGUGGCGUAGAUUCAUUUUAUACGUUUUUAUUAUCAUUUAUUAGUUUAUGUGUAAAGUAUUCUCGAAAACUUUUGUCGAAUCGAAUUUGUUUCAAAAUACUAAUUAAUACUACGAUAAGGUAACUUAAGACUAUUUAUUGUAACAGUGAUUUAGGUUUAAAAAUUCAAUAAUGUACAUUAACCAACCAUGAUGAUUGAAAAUAUGAAUUACGACACAAUAACAGUAAAUAAUUCUGUUUGCAAAGCAAUCCUUCAGUACUGUGCCAACUCGCAUCCAUUUGAAGAGCGUACACUAACCCUUGAUCAACCAGUUAAGAUUGGCCGUCUGUUGGCUAAAGCCAAAGUCAGUCCACAUAAUGGGAUUUUUGAUUGUAAAGUUUUGUCAAGAAACCACGCCCUGAUAUGGCAUGAAAAUGGAAAAUUCUUUUUACAAGACACGAAAAGCAGUAACGGUACGUUUGUUAACAACCACAGACUUAGUAAAAGUGGUGAAGAGUCUAAACCUCAAGAAGUGUUUAGUGGAGAUGUCGUCCAAUUUGGUGUUGAUGUGAUUGAAAACUCUAAAAACAUAUCUCAUGGCUGUAUUACAGCUGUUUUAAAAUUAUAUCAUGCUGAUGGUACAGAGGCUAAAUCUAAUCCUGUUGUGAAUUUCAUAAGUGAUGUAUCCACUCAAGAUUUAUACACAAUAGAUGCUUAUAUACGAGAUGCAAUGCAUAGGGAAGCAAAUUUAGAAAACAAAUUAUUAAACUUGGAAAGGCUGUUAUCCAAUAUAAUCGGAGAAACAGAUAAUAGUUGGAAAGCUCUUGUUGCUGAAGACCGUUUACUAUCCAAAAUUGAAUUUUUAGAAAAUCAACUGCAGUAUUACAAAAAAGACUUUGGGGAAGACGAAAUGAAACAAGAAAUAUGUGGUUUAAAAAAAUAUAAAUAUUCAUAUCAAGGAAUGGCUAAGGAUUGUUUAAAAAGAGAAAUGGAAGAAAAAUUAAAAUUGAUGCAAAAAUGUCAAGAAUUAGAAAGUCUGUUGAAACAUUCCAUAACUGAACAAAGUGCUCUGAUGAAGCAUCUGAAUGAUGCACAAGAUGAAAUUAAAGAAGUUUGUUCUAAGUUGAAUACAGAAGUUGCUAACCAUGAAAAUAGUGUAAAAGAAUUAGAUGCAUUAAAAGAAUUACAUGUAACCGAAUUAAAAACUCUACAGGAAACCAAAAAUGAAAUAGAAACAAACUUUCAUAAUAAAUGUGAAGAAAUUGAAAGAUUACGAGCAGAAAUAGCUAAAAUGAAUUAUGAGAUCAAUACACGCAAUGUACUUCUCUUGACCUUACAAAAUGAACAAGAGCUUACUGAAGAUAUUUCUCUUAACAAGUACUUUAAUGAUAUAAUGUCUUAUAUUGUACAUAUAUUACAAGACCGCCAGACACACCUAAAUCAAAUGAAUUCCUUACAAAAUCAAAUGCAAAAACAUAUAAAACAAAAAGCUGACUUAGAAAAUCAAGUAUGUCAGUUACAAACAGAACUUGAUCUUAAUCAAGAAUUGUUAGUGAACUGUGUAAAGAUUAAAAAUGUUAAUGAUACAGACAAUAUAGAUCCUGAUCAAUUAAAAAUGAUUAUAUUGGAUGAUGAUAAUUUAAAAAAUAUUGAAGUUUUAUCUAAAGACAUUGAGAUUCAAACAGAUUUUUAUAAACAAAAAUCUGAUGUCAUUGAAUUUAAACUAUCCGAAGCAAAAGAUGUACUGCUAGACUGUAUUACUAAUUUGGAUGAUCAAGAAUCUACUAUUAAACAUCUUAAGAAAGAGAUUUCUUGUAAAGAUAUUGUACUAAUGUUGAUGUCUGAAUAUUUGUGUCAGAUAUCAAGUAUUGACUCUAAUAAUAUACAUAACAUGCCAGAUAUACUGCAAAAAAAUCUUUGUUCUUUCAAUAACUCCAAAAAUCUUUAUAGUUUAGAUGAUAUAAAAAUAUCUCAAACCGAAUGUUUAAAUAAUACAUCCCAAAAUAAUGAUAUUGGAAACAAAGUCUUGACUCAGGAGAUCAACUCUGAUACAGUGGACACUAAAGAAGAUUCAGUAUUUGACCAAAAUGAAUUAGAACAAAUUCGUAAUGAAUAUGAUUUAUGUUUAACAGAAAAGAACAAUCUAAAAUAUGAAUUAGAGCAAAUCACAUUGAGGUGCAAAGAGUUAGAACAAACUCCAAAUUUCCACUUAUUUUUUGCGUUACCAUCAAUAGUAUUAUUUUUAGUCUUAGUUAUUAGAUUUUAUUCAUAUUUGUCCUAUUUAACAGGAACAGCUGAAUGAGUGCAAUUAAAAAAAAAAAAAAUUAUAACUUUAUUGUUAUUAGUAAGUUAUACAACUGAUAAGUGGUUUUUGAGCUCAGAUAUUAUUGUAUAUGAUAAAAUUAAAUUAUAUAAACUACCAUCUGUUAUAAACAAAGUCUUAUAUUAAAUUAUAAUAAUCUCAAUAAAGUUAAAAAUAAUUACACAAUUUUCUAAAUA